GUCUACCUGUUGUUAUAUUCCAACUCUUGUUUUUAAAUUGUUUUUCUUUUUACAUAUUAUUUUCCGACAAUCCUUACAAUAUAGUCGAAACUUUUUCAUAGUUGGAACAUUUUCUUUUUCUAGUUGUUCGUAGAAGUGGUUCAAGUGUUUCUUAUGGUUAAUUCUAUAGUGUUACAGUAUAUGGUUAUGUUGUGUAAAGGUUAUGUGAACUAUUGAACGUUUGACUUGCGUGAACCGGAGUCGGUGUGGGAUUUCAGUUUGACGCCGAUACGUCUAUUCAACUACAGUGCAAAAUAUAUAUAUGUAAAAUGGAGGCGAUUCAGUCAAGUGUUCAGUCUCAGGAAGUGAAGUGCAGUGAAGAGGUGAGUGAAGUGAAAAGUGACGUGUUGGUGAAAGAGGAGGAUGAUGGGGAUGAGGUGAUGAGUAAGGGAAGCCAGAGGGAGAACAGGCUGACCAGCAUCAUUGAUCAACUGCGGUGCCAGAGCAAGCUGAAAGGAAAUGUACAGCGGGAUGCAUUUGCCUUCACUUCAAAUAACGGGUGUUGCGAUGUCGGGGCGCGCUGGCGGCUGAUAUGCAGUACUGAUGAUCGCCUCGCUCUCAGCCCGCCGCGACGUGGACGCAGAAACGCCGGUCGUCUGGCCCUCAUGGUGUUACUCAGUUCUACCCAGUUUCAAGCAAGUAAUAUGGAUAACAUGCAGUCUAUACCUCAUUACAACGCUCAGGAAACAACUAGAGCCAUCAAAGCACCAUAA